AUGCAAGCAACUCUACAGAACCAGAUGUCGGGCGAAAGUGCAAAAAACGUUCGAACUGAUAGUAAAGUUUCAAAAAAGAAUCGCUCAUCGGCAGAUUCUCAUCCUACACUUGAAGACGAAACAGAAAAACAAAUGGAAAUGCAAUUAUUAGAUCCAUCAAUUCCAUCACCGGAGAUAAAACAGCCUAAAAAAAAGAUGCCGUCAAGAAAAAAAUCAGCGCCUGCAAAAACACCCGCGAGCGGCGAUCCAUCAAUGUUUGGUCUAACAGUUGAUCAAUUAAAGACAUUGAUGGAAUCACGUGGAAAAGAAUUAAUUGAAAAAUUAAAUUCUUCAGAAUAUAAUGGUACUCAAGGAAUUUUAGACAAAUUAAAAGUUGAUGGCACUAAAGGACUUGACUCAGAUAAUGAACAAGAUCUUGAACAACGUCGUGCAGUAUUUGGAAAAAAUGAAAUACCACCAAAACCGAUGAAAUCAUUUAUAUCACUAUGUUGGGAUGCACUUCAUGAUAUGUUAUUACAAAUAUUAUUGGUCUGUGCUAUUAUUUCGAUUGGUCUUUCAUUCUAUAAACCACCUAGUACAGGACACGAUGAAGAAGAACCCAAUCUUGAAUGGGUUGAAGGUGUUGCUAUUCUUGUUGCUGUUCUUGUCGUUGUAUUCGUAACUGCAUUUAAUGAUUGGAGAAAAGAACGACAAUUUCGUGGAUUACAAAGUAAAAUUGAAAAAGACCAACAAGCAUCCGUUGUACGAGAUAAUCAAAUAAAACAGAUUCCUGUUUCGGAUCUGGUUGUUGGCGAUCUUUGUUUCGUUAAAUAUGGUGACCUUUUACCAGCUGAUGGACUUUUAGUUCAGUCAAGUGAUCUGAAAAUCGAUGAAUCUUCUCUAACUGGAGAAACAGAUUUAAUCAAGAAAAGUGAAACUGAUGAUGCGGGAUUAUUAUCUGGUACACAUGUUAUGGAAGGUAGUGCUCGAAUGGUAGUUCUUGGCGUUGGACUUAAUUCUCAAGUUGGAAAUAUAAUGAGUUUGCUCGGAGCAACAGCUAGCGUGCAUCCAGCAACAAAUAGCAAAACAAAACCUGUAAAAUCUAAGGGAAAAGAUUUAGUUAAAAAGGCUACAUCUGAUUUAUCCAAGCAAAGUCUGCAAAUUGAAGAUGACGUCAAAUUAAAAACAGCAUUAUCAAUAUCAGAAAAACAACCAAAUGAAGAUCGACCAAAAUCAGUUAAAAUAUCUACUGAUGUUGUUGAUAUUUCACUACAUGAAAAGAAUCGUGAUAAUAAAGAGCAUGCAUUAAAUGGUACAGCUGAAUCAGCUGAAGUACCAGAUGACAAUGACGUUGUACCUAAUGAAAGUAAACAUAAAUCGGUUCUUCAAUCGAAAUUAACUAAUCUUGCUUUAUACAUUGGUUAUAUUGGUAUGUCUGCUGCUGCUUUGACAUUGAUUUGUUUAAUUGUUCGUUAUUGUAUCACAACUUAUCUUAUUAACAAACAAAAACCGUCAGCAGUUGAUAUUGGCUAUUUCAUUUCGUUUCUUAUUCAGGGUAUUACUGUCGUUGUUGUUUCAGUUCCAGAAGGUCUUCCAUUGGCUGUAACCCUUGCUCUUGCCUAUGCUGUUCGAAAAAUGAUGACAGACAAUAAUCUUGUUCGACAUUUGGAUGCUUGUGAAACAAUGGGAAAUGCAUCAACAAUAUGUUCAGAUAAAACAGGAACUUUGACAACAAACCGUAUGACGGUUGUGCAAUCUUUUGUCACUGGUAAACUAAGUGAACAAUUACCACCAUCAGAAGAAGUAAAUCAAGAAUUAUUACCAUUACUUUUUGAAGCUAUAUCGGUUAAUACAAAUUAUACAUCGAAAAUCGAGGCAUCAAAACCCGAAGAGGGUGGUUUACCAAAACAAAUUGGUAAUAAAACCGAAUGUGCUUUAUUAGAUUUAGUACAAAGGUGGGGUGGAUCGUAUGAUCAAAUUCGUCAAGAUAUUCCCGAAGAAAAACUAGUUAAAGUAUAUACAUUUAAUUCUGCACGUAAAAUGAUGAGUACAAUUAUUCAACGUAAUGAUGGUUUUCGAGUUUACACAAAAGGUGCAUCCGAAAUGGUUUUAACGAAAUGUAAAUCAAUUCUUGCUGAAAAUAAUCAAUUAAAACAAUUAAAUGAUGCUGAAAAAAAUCGUUUAACACAUGAUGUUAUUGAAGCAAUGGCUAGCAAUGGUCUAAGAACGAUUUGUGUUGCUUAUAAACAUCUCGGAAAGGAGGUACAAGAUUGGGAUGAUGAUGAUAAAAUAAUUAAUGAUUUAACUUGUAUUGCGAUUGUUGGUAUUGAAGAUCCAGUUCGAAAAGAAGUGCCAGACGCUAUUGAAAAAUGUCAACGCGCAGGUGUUAUUGUUCGUAUGGUAACAGGUGAUAAUAUUAUGACAGCUCGCUCAAUAGCAACAAAAUGUGGUAUAAUCAAACCGAAUGAUGACUUUCUUGUACUUGAAGGCAAAGAAUUUAAUAAACGUAUCCGAGAUGCAUCUGGAAAAAUUUCACAAAAGAAACUUGAUGAAGUUUGGCCAAACUUACGUGUUUUAGCACGUUCAUCACCACAAGAUAAAUAUAAUUUAGUUAAUGGUAUUGUUGAAAGUUAUGCUACAGAACAUCGUGAAGUUGUUGCUGUUACGGGUGAUGGUACAAAUGAUGGACCAGCACUUAAACGUGCUGAUGUUGGUUUUGCCAUGGGUAUUCAAGGAACAGAUGUUGCCAAACAAGCAUCCGAUAUUAUUUUAACUGAUGAUAAUUUUUCAUCUAUCGUUAAAGCAAUGAUGUGGGGAAGAAAUGUUUAUGAUUGUAUUGCAAAAUUUCUUCAAUUUCAAUUAACAGCUAAUUUAUCAGCUGGUUUCAUUUCAGUUGUAUCAGCCGCAGCUAUUAGUAGUGUUCCAUUACGAGCUGUUCAAAUGCUUUGGGUUAAUCUUGUCAUGGAUACAUUAGCUUCACUUGCUCUUGCCACUGAACCGCCAACAGAAGAUUUGUUAAAUAGAAAACCAUAUGGGCGAACAAAAUCAAUUAUAUCACCACUCAUGCUAAGAAAUAUUUUUGGACAAUCACUCUAUCAACUCGCUGUUAUGUUUACUAUCCUUUAUGCUGGACAAUACUUUUUAGGUGUUGAAUCAACGGUUCAGAAAAUUCAGCAUGAUCCACAUGUUGCAAAACAAUUAAGUACUCAAUUUACAUUAGUAUUUAAUGCGUUUGUACUAAUGACUUUAUUCAAUGAAAUUAACUCGAGAAAAUUACAUGGAGAAAGAAACGUAUUCAAAGGAAUAUUUCGAAAUCCAUUUUUUUACGGUAUUUGGAUCUUCUGUUUUGCUGCACAAAUUGUAAUUGUAACAUUUGGUGGUCGAGUGUUUAGUUGUGCACAAUUGGAUAUUUAUCAAUGGGGAUGGAGUUUACUUUUUGGUAUUGGAUCACUUAUAUGGCAACAGAUUAUAUUAUGUAUUCCAAUUAAACCAUUUGCAGUUUGCUUUUCGGCAGCUUAUCGUAUUUGUUGUCCAUGUUGUUACAAAAAACAAGCAAGAAAACUUGCUGAAGAAGAAGCCUUUAGAAAAUCUGUUGAUGCCGAUCCAAAUGCACGACCAUCAAGACCAAGUGAUGUUGAUUAUGUUCCAUUUAGUACAAUUGGUCAAUUAACAACCGCUACUGUUGUUACUGAACCACCACCAGCUAUUGCUAAAUUUAUGCUUCGUAAAAGUGUUGAUCGACUUAACUCAGAGUUUCGUGUUAUUAAUGAAUUUCGAACACGACUUGAAGAAAUUAAAGACAAGAGACACGAAGAAGCUGUUGAAUACAAACGUUUCAGUCGAGUCAAUAUCCUUGAGGAAUAA